CGGGCGCCCUCCGAGCAGCAGCAGCAGCAGCAGCAGCAGCAGCAGCAGCAGCAGCAGCAGCAGCACCAGCAGCAGCAGUACCAGCAGCAGCCGGCGCAGCCCGGAGGCGGAAGCGGCGUCAGGAAGUGAGGUGUGCAUACAUGGCAGAGGUGAAGCAAAUACAGGUGUUUCGGUGAAGUACGCCUGUGGAAUAUCAGAGCCACAGCACUCUUUCCCAUCUCCAUCCUGACAUCCAGCAAGAUGGGAAUGGCGGCACUUAGUGGUGUUUUGAGUCAAAGUCCAACACAAACGUGAAGCAUACGAAGUUACUGCUCUGUUUUGGAGACUCUGACUGCUGAGCUUUGAUUCCUGACAACUGAAGCAGGAAAAACACCAGGAAGAGGUCUGCUGGCUAGGACUGCACAGCUGGAAAAUGGCAAAAUCAGCUAAUUUAAGAAAAUAGACUGCCCAGUGGGAAAAGAAAGCCACAAUGCCUUUGAAGGACUCCUGCUGGCAUUAUAUGGCGUCAGGGCAGUUACAACGUUGCUUGUUUAGAUGAAGAGGAAUAUCAGCAUGGCAAGGAAUGGAAACAAUCUUCUCAGCAGAAAGGACAGUGUACUUCUCUGCUUACAAAUCACCUCUCAAGUUGACAACAGGAAAGUUGUCUCAGGCCCUUACAUCUUUCAGAGACCUUGUCCACAGAACAGGAAGUCCUCAGGGAAGUGAGUGACGGCUUUGUGGAUAAGACACGGACCAAAGCCACUGGAAUCAGCACAGAUCUUGAGAGGGGCAUGCCAUGGUCUCUGCUCCCCAGUCCUGUGCCAAUCAGUUUAAGUGGGCCAGUAUUUCUUUUUCUAAAGAACUUUUUUCUGUGAAAAUGUUUUGUGUGUGUGUAUGAAGAGUUUUCAUGUAAGUAUCACAAAAGAAAAUUUCUAUUUCUUGAGGGACCAAUUUUCCCCCAUACUCAUGCGACUUAAUUUCUCUCCCUCCUCCUCUUCCAGUGAUAGAUCAAACAUGUCAAUGGAAAACUUGCACAGCUCCAGCUUUGGGUGGAUAACUUUUAAUCAAAAGUGCUCCUACCAGCUCCUGGCCGUCAUCCCGCCAAGAGAUGGGGGCCCGGGCAAAGCGGUGGUGGUGGACACGCAGCACCCGCUCAGCCUGCUGCUCAACGGCUCCCUGGCUGGCAGUGAGCUCUGCAAGAUUCAGUAUCAUUUUGGAGAAUUUGGCAAUUACUCCCUGGUGAUAAAGACCCUAAGCACAAGCACCAAAACAGUUUCUUGUGAUAUAGUCAUCAAUGAAGGCCCUGUCAACAGUUACCUCCCUAUUCUCUUUGCUUUCCUGGUCUAUAUGGGGAUCCUUGCUAUCCUGAUCAUCUGGCGCCUUGUUAUGAAAAUUGAUCCAGUCAGAAAUUGGGUUUACAAGAAACUGAACCCUAGGGAAACUGAUCGUCUGAUUAAUUCUGAGCUGGGAUCCCCGAACACAACGGACUCCAUUAGUAGUGAUUCUGCCCCACGUUUGUGGAGCGCAACCUCUCGCCAGCGCCUGCGUUCCCUGGACACGUUCCGAGGGCUCUCUCUUAUAAUUAUGGUGUUUGUGAACUAUGGAGGAGGAAAAUACUGGUUCUUCAAACACGAGAGUUGGAAUGGAUUAACAGUGGCAGAUCUGGUUUUUCCAUGGUUUGUGUUCAUUAUGGGCACGUCGAUAUCACUGUCACUGAGCUCCAUGCUGAGGUGGGGAAGUUCCAAGCAGAAGGUGCUAGGGAAAAUCCUCUGGAGGAGUUUUCUGCUAAUCCUGCUGGGAAUCAUAGUUGUGAAUCCCAAUUACUGCCUUGGGCCACUGUCCUGGGAAAAUCUGCGCAUCCCUGGGGUGCUCCAGCGGCUGGGACUGACAUACCUGGUGAUUGCUGCUCUCGAAGUCCUGUUUACAAGAGCUGGGGCUGACAGUGGGACCUUGGAGAUGUCAUGUCCUGCUCUGCAGGAUAUUCUUCCCUACUGGCCACAGUGGAUUUUCAUUCUGAUGUUAGAAGUGAUUUGGCUCUGCCUGACCUUUUUGUUACCCGUGCCAGGCUGUCCCAGGGGCUAUCUUGGUCCUGGGGGCAUUGGAGAUUUUGGAAACUAUCCUAACUGCACUGGAGGAGCAGCUGGUUACAUUGAUCGUCUGAUUCUUGGAGAAAACCAUAUAUAUCAGCAUCCCUCUUCUAGUGUGCUUUACCAAACAACAAUGCCAUAUGAUCCUGAAGGGAUCCUGGGGACCAUAAAUACCAUUUUUAUGGCGUUUCUGGGACUGCAGGCAGGAAAAAUUAUCUUGUCCUACAGAGACCAGCACAAACAGAUUCUGAGUCGGUUCUUUAUAUGGAGCAUAGUAAUGGGAAUUAUUUCUGCUAUCUUGACAAAAUGUUCUAAAGAAGAAGGGUUUAUUCCCAUAAACAAGAACUUAUGGUCAACAUCGUACGUGACAACCAUGAGCUGCUUCGCCUUCAUCCUCUUAUUACUGAUAUAUUACCUUGUGGAUGUCAAGAGACUGUGGUCAGGUGCUCCGUUUUUCUACCCAGGAAUGAACUCCAUCCUGGUCUACAUCGGACACGAAGUGUUUGAAAACUACUUCCCUUUUAAGUGGAAGAUGCAAGACAGUCAAUCCCACGCGGAACAUCUGACUCAAAACCUCAUCGCAACAACUCUUUGGGUCAUAAUAUCAUAUGUACUUUACAGGAAAAGGAUAUUCUGGAAAAUCUGAUGGAGGUGGUCAGGGUGAAGUCGGCCUAGAUGCUGAUGGGGCAAGCCUGAAAUGUUGCCACUUCAGCAUGGGCUAUAUUACUAAGAAGGGAUCAGAGUUCAAGUUUACACUUCCAUGGACAUUGUGAUCAGGACUUUUAUGUGACUUAAAGGACCACAUUUUAGUAUUUAGCUAAAACUUACUAAUCUGCGGCGGUUGCUCUAUUUCUGUUUACUGUAUUUUGUAAAUAUUUUACUGAUCUCCCUCUUUUGUACAGAGAAAUUGAAUAUAUUGCAAUAGAUGGGUAUUUAAAGAAAGCCUGAUGGCACUCAUGAAGGGAACUGCAAGGGCUCUGGGUAGUGACUGCAAGGGAUUAUCAGAAGGGACUGUAGUAAUAGUCAUUACCAAAAGUAAUGGCACCCAAAGCGAGCAUUGUGCUGUAGGCAUUCCUUUGUGCCGUCAUUUGGUCUGGGAUCAAAAGCCAAAGCCUGCUGCCAGAGAUCUCUUGUAAUGGGUUAUUAAUUGGCAUGCUGCUGCUACAGGUUCAGCAGUCUAUCUAUGCCUGUUUUGGGCCUUUGUGUUACAUACCUCUAGCAUGAAUGAGGUCUGAGUUUCACGUGCUACACUCUUGAGAGUGCAGAAAGACCACGUCCUAUGCUCUUUAUAUAAUCACUUUUGUUAAUAUCCAACUUCACUUGGAUAUAAACUCUAUACAUGGAGUUAUGGAAGGGUUCUGAAUCUAAAAACCAGCAAUAUAGGUAGAAUUUGGCCAAAAAGGAAGAGGUAACAGACUGGUUAAAUUCAAUGUAAGAUAACAACAGAUCUUGGAAACUCAGGAACUUCACUUAUGCUGUGUUUUCCAAAAUAGUGCCAAUAAAAAGCCUGAAAUACCGUA